CGGAGCUAGCACUUCUAUAAGAGCAUUUCUAAUAGAUCUUGCAGAAGAGGUCAUCUGGUAAUAUCACUGCCGAUUUAGCGGACGAGCGCAUUUUUUUCCGGCCCGAUCAGAGCCCGUAAAAUCGGCCGUCUCAUAAUUUUCUUAUGGGAACCUGCAAAGUCCGGGCCGUUUCCGCCAUAUCUGCGGGAUCCCUCACUCUUUUUGCCAGUUCCCCUAUCCUUGGCACGAAGAAAUCUUUCGCUGCUUUUCGUUCCCACCUCACGCGCCACCGCCAACCGAUCCUAUGGAGUACCCGUCAUCUCCGGGUGCAGCAUUUCAUGUGCCGCCCCCACCAAGUAUGCCGUCGCUCCGUCCUUCCGAGCCUCCCUCGGCCGUGCAUGCAGGCGCCGCCCCAACACCUUCUGUCGCCAGCAGCAAGAGGAAGUGGCAAGGGAAUCACCUCGUUCAAGGGGGCGUAACCAGCACGGCACCACCUCCUUCUACCCCUGCUCCGAUUCCUCCCGUAGCGGCCGCCGACGAUGAAGAAGACAGUAUUCACCGGACCGGAUGGCGUUCGGGCGAAGCCCCCAAGGAAGAAGGUGGUCGCGGCAGGAGGCCAGGCUCCUCCUCCGCCUCCGGUCAGCCACGUUCUCCCCGAUCAUGGCCACUCAACCGGUCACGCCUACCACAUGUUUGAUGAAACGUCCAGCAGCCAAAACAUGCACUCAACAUAUACCGAAAUGUUGGAGGAGAAUGCGGUGGAUUUGAGUGCUCCCCUUGACGAUUUUGAUACACCUCACGUGGUGGUCGAGGCGGAGGUGGAUCAAGCGGAUGAAGGUGGUGACAAAGUGGAAGUGAUUGAGGAGGCUGAGUACGAUGCUAGGGUGGGGAGGACCGACAACUACACGGAGACGGAGGAUGUGUGCUUGAUGCAAGCAUGGGAGAGUGUAUCACUUGACGCGGUGAUCGGCAAGGAUCAAACCUUUGGGGAUCAUUGGCAAAGGAUUGAGGACAAGUAUCAUUGGAUCUUGUCGUUCCCCCCUCCGGCCGGUAUUUGAAGUCACUCAAAGGCCGCUGGGAUGUGAUCAAGAAAACUUGGCCGUUGGAGUGGGUGCUUCGAGCAAGUGUGGAAUGCACCCUCAAUUGGCGUCACUAUUGAUGAUUAUGUGAGUGUUUCUUCAUUUUGUUGACUUUGGCCGAGUUGAUUAAAGUUUGAGGUAAUAUUUGCCUCAAUGUCCAUGUGUAGGAUCACAUCACCAAUGAAUAUUUCAAGCAAACGGCGGGUUUCAAGAGCCGAUCGUUCACUCUUCAUCAGUGUUAGUGCUUGCUCAAGGAUAGUGAGAAGUGGAGGGUGAGGGACAAGGAAGCCCCCCCAAAGAAAGGUUCCCUUGUCAAAUUGGAAGAUGAGGAUGAUGAUAGUGAUGACGCGCCAAGAGGAGGAAGAAGUAAGGGCAAAGCAGAAGGAAACAAGAAGGAGAAAGCAAGAGUGAAGAGGACAGCCGAGGCAACAACUUUGAGAGAACAAAUUGGUGAUAUGGCGAAGAUAAAAGAGACCAUUUUAAGCAAGCAUUGGGAUGCUAAGGUGGACAUGGCCGAGAAGAAAGAGAAACGCAAGGAUAAGUAGGAGAAAGGUGUGUCUUCGAAGAGUGCAAGAUCACCCUAGAGCAAAAGUGGAGGGACGAGAGGACCAUCGAGGAAGACCGUUUCAUGUUGAUGAAUCUGGAGGGCAUGGAUGCAAUGACAAAAGUAUUUUGGAAAUUGAGAAGAAUGAAGAUCAUUUGCCAUAUAAAAAUGGAGCUUCAAAACCUCAUGGCUCGUGGGUCGGGCAAUGGUGGUGGUGUUGGGUUUGGAAGGAGUUUUGCUUUCGGCAAUUUUGAUGGUGGUGGGUGCGGAGGUGCUGGUGGCUUCAGCAAUGGUGGUGGUGGAGGGUUUAGAGGUGGUGAUGGCUUCGACAAUGGUGGUGGUGGCUUCAGCAAUGGUGGUAGAGGUCGGUUUGGAGGUGGUGUUGGCUUCGACGUUGGGGGUGGUGGUGGUGGUGAAACUUUUAACAAUGGUGGUGGAGGUGGUGGUGGUGCUUCGACAAACGGUGUUCUUGAUGAUGGUGGUGCUCAUUCUCGGGUCAAUGUGGAUGAAGAUGGGAGUGAUUAUUCUGCGGUCAAUGUGGAUGAUGGCGAUGGAGGUGCUAGGCCGAUUGUGGUGGAGACGAUCUUCACCACAAUGAGGAUGUUGCUUGAUUUCUUCAUGACCGAUGGUCGUUUGAUCAUGUUUUAUUUUGUUUGGUCGGGCACUGUUUAUGGCCAAACUUGCUACCUUGUAUGUUGCACCUGAUUUUGGAUAUAUGAUGAACUAGUUAAUGUAUCUUUCCUACUUAUGAAGGUUAGAGUUGAUAAUGAGUUUACAUGUGAGACGAUAUAAAUAAACAAGUGCAUUUCUAUCCAUAAGUGAGACUAGCAGUUCUCCAAAAGAUCGAAGAAACAAAUGUUACUUUUAUGAGACCUAUCCCAAAUAAAUAUUUACACUACUACCCUAACAUGAGAAUAACACUCUUAUAAAAACAUUGAUUAUAAAUGCAUACG